UUCUCCCUCAGCCCCCUCCAUCCCCUCAGAGUCUGGGCCAUGUAGCCGCCACCGCCUCUCCCCUCCUUCGCCCGGGGAACAGGAGGUGGGGCGAGAGGAGGCCAACAUGGAGCCGGAGGGGAGCAGUGAUCUGUCGUACUCCCCGCCUGGCGAAAUGGCAGAGGCUCCGUUGCCCAACCUCACCCCAAGGCAUCAGGAUCUGAUCCCCACUCCGUGCGGCCCUAUAAAGCGAUGGUCAGAAUUGUCCUCGCUGGUCAAAAUCUACUUCUGCAUCACCCUCGUGUCGCUGCUGAGCGUCAUGGGACUGACCCUGAAGAGCCUCGCACAGGAGUCUGAUGAAAACUUCACUGUCUCCCUCAUCCAGCUGAUUGGCGUUGUGUUCUGCAUUUACUACGUGAUCAGAGGCGUCCUGCAGGAGAACCGGCAGGAGCUCAUGGCGUUCGUGCUGUCCGUGCUGCUGGUCAUGCUGCGCUCCCUCGUCAACAUCCUCGUGCUCUCAUCCAAGGAGCAGCCCCUGGAGAAACCCACCAUCCUGGCCCGGUUCGUGGUGAUCCUGCUGGUCGGCAGCUUCGACGCCAUCUGCGCGGCCGUCCUCAUCUGGAGCCCCAGCCUGAUGGCCUUCCGUGUGGGUGGGGCCCUGGAGAGCCUCCAGGCCCAAUACGUCAUGCUCAACCUCUGCUUCUCCAUGCUCACCUUUGACCUCCAGGCUCAGCUGUGCCUCUGUGUGCUGCUCCUGACCUCCAGCCUGUACGUCUCCUUGCAGAACAGCAUCAUCCUGACCCUCGGCGUGCUCUGGGCCGGCCUGAAGGUGGCCGUGGGCAUCGUCGCAAUUUUAAAAGAGCUCAAGUUUCUGGUGUGGAUCUUCGUGCUGCAGAACCUACCAGAAGUGGCUUACCUCUGCUACCUCCUCUACACGGUCUCCAAGGAGUGGGGCCACGACAGCACCUACUUGGGGGAGGCGGCCGCCGUCGUGGGCUCCUGCAUCUCCGUGGCCAUCAAGUCGGCUCUGCUCUGGGCCCUGUUCCACGUUUACCACAGCUUCGGGCAAGGCCUGCGAGAGAGAAUGUUUUCUUCGUAUGGAAGGAUCGACGCCUAAGGAUCCCAGGCUUGGUCCGGCCCGGAGCCAGCGAGACCUCCAGCAUCCAGGACCUUGGGGACCAGAGGUGGCCAGCGGCCCUUGCCCAGAGGGGGUAACAUGUCAGGCCAACGCUCGCCACUGGCCACUUUCCACACUCGUGCCAACCUCCCUACCUUGUCUUACCUGGUCCGGUCUGGAAAUCCAGCUCCGUUUGUUCCUCAAGUCCGGAGCAGCUGGGGCCGAACCUGCAGCCCCUGCCGGCCCCCUCCUCCCGCCCCGGGAGGGUGUGGGCUUGCACUUGUGUUCGUGUGCAUUUGGCCACGGGUGUGGUGUGCUAGCGUGUACACCUGUGUGCCUACAUGUAUAUGUGUGUGUGUGUGUUUAUUACCACCCUCUCCCUCAAGGCCAGCGGCAGCCCCCUGCACCCUUCUCCGACCCCCUCCCCGCGUAGGAGAGGGAAGCCGAUGGCUUGUUCACUCCAGCUCAGAGUUCCCGAGGAAGCAAGCACCCCGUGCCACCCGCAGCGCGGGAUAUGGCGGUUGAGGGAUAGCCGGAGAGAGGCUGCUCCUAGGCACAAAACUCUCUGCCGAAGCUCCGGCAGCCCUUCCCCCCAGCGGGCCUGGGGCCGCCUGGCACCCCCUGGCAGAGGGGGCAGGAGGGCAGCAUAGCAUCACAGGGCUCAGGGUGCUGCCGCCAUCACGACGGGGACCGUCAGGGGACGGAGCCGUGGUGGCCCGGGCCUGCCAAGAGUCAGCCCCCAGCCGUGCCUUCGGGCAGGAGCCCAGGCCCCUGAAAAGUGGCCGGCGGAGUCUUCCCGGUUCAGCCAGCCUCUUCCCUCCCUCACCCACUUUGACUCAGGGCAAGGGGCUGCAGGGGUAGCCCCCUCCCUCCGCCCAGGUCACAUGCCGCCAGCCGCACCCCGUAGACCCCAGGCCGGCAGCCUGGGUCCCUGCUGGUUUGGGUCCCUGCCAGAGCUACCACAGCAAGCCAUCGGCCCUCUGCAUAAAGCACCCACCCUGGGGAGGCCUAAAAGUGGGAUGGGUUUCCAAACCCACCUCAAACGGCCUUUUCCCAAACCUUAGUACCAGCUCUAAACUGGUUCCCCCUCACCCCUGUGCCUGCCCCAUGGGGGUAAAGUGCCGUCUGGCCCGGUCCUGCCCCUUCCACCCUGGGCGGAAAGCACUGGUCUUCUUGACCGUGUCCUUGCUUCCGUCUUUGCCCAUCUCUCCCGCCCUCUUCUUCCCCAAGUGUUCCAGGAAGAACAAGGAGGUGUGGGGAGGGGCCAGAAGCCUUCAGGUGCAGCCCCUCACCCUGCCUGCUCAUACCCCCAUUCACAUUUCCUCCGGCUCCCACAGUGCCACCAAACUCCCUGGGACACCAGCCACCUCGCCCCACCUAACCUCGGGGACAUGGAUGCCAGCCAUGAGGGGCUUCAUACCAACCACGGGUGCCAACAUGGGGAUAACCCUUCAAGGAGGCCGGCUUCAAAGGUUCGCUUUCUCGGCUGCCGUUUCCGGGCUUUUCUGAGGCUCACAGGAGGGGUGGCCUGUGGUGGGGCAGUAUGUUAUUAAGCUCCUGGGGAAGCAGGCGAGGAGAGGGAAGAGGGCUCACCCAGGGGAUAUACCAGCUUGCCAGCUGCCAAGUACAGAUCUAGGUGGCCUUCCUACAAGACGGUGGAAGCGUACGCUGGUGGAGUCCUGAUUGCAAGCCCCUUUGAGGGCAGGGAUCGUGACUACAGACUUUUUAUUGUAUUGUACUCUCCCAAGAGUUCAGUACAGUGC